AUGAGCUCUAACCAAGACACAACACAACCGGCGACAAAGAAGCGAGAAUCCCGCGCGGGAACUCGUAAAGUGACAACUCUUUCCGCUGAACAGCUGGCGCGAAAGCGCGCCAACGACCGAGAGGCACAAAGAACCAUUCGUCAGCGGACGAAAGAACACAUCGAGCGGCUGCAAAACCAAGUGGCUGAGCUUCAAGCCAAGAAUCAGCAAUUCGAUGACGUGAUGCGACGGAAUGCUGCCCUGGAGCAUGAGAUUAAGGGCUUGAGGCAGCAACUGGCUAUGCUCACUGGUAACCAAAGCUAUAGCAGUGCCGACGGAUCAUACACCAGCCCAGCGGGAGCCACGCCGCCAAGUCAUUACUCAGAGUCCCUGAACGUACCUCCAGUGUCAAGAGCACCCUCUGUCCUCUCAGCGUCGAGCCAGAUUUCUGUCGCGCAGGAAUGGCAGACGUACGGCUCGACACGGUCCUCAUCUAUAUGCGAAUCAUCAGAUGCGGAUUACAGCAACAGGGCCGAAUCUUACGGAUUCGAAGCGCAGGCCCAGCCUCCUCAUACGAUACCCAACGCAAUCCCGCACGCCAAUUUCAACACCAACGUUGCCCACGCACCGGAUCCUACUUUCCAACAAUACCCACAGUACUUUCGAGCCAGCGGACCGGAAAGUUCCCGCAGAGAACAGCUUCUACGUCAUCCUCAGCAAGCCUUGCCAUAUGUACCCAGCCAACCGCCCAUGCCAAUACCGGAUGUCCCACCAGAUCGGGCAGCGGGGGCGUAUCCAGUACUUCAAGGCUCACAUCACUACCUUCAUUCCGUUAAUCAGCCAGGAAUAAAUCAGCCAGGGAGAAAUCAGCCAGGAGGGAAUCACGGCUACAGCUACGGCUGGCCACAUCAGUCUUGA